AUUAAGCUUCAUCAUCUAUCAUCCCCAGCCUCUCCGUCUGUCUGUCUGUCUUCCUUCAAAACAUCCAACAACUAACAACUAACAUCAAAACAUCAUACAACAAUAACGUGGUAGAUAUCCACGAUUACAUUCAUUAUGUUACGGUCUACUCUCAUUCUUGCAGCGGCAUCAUUAGCCACAAGUUCAAUCAUUCAGCAGCCUUUGAAAGAACAAGGCUCUCAAUCUCUUAUCGGUACUAAGACCGGUACUAAAUCAUUGAUCAACUCUUCUUCUCUUCAGAACGACAUCAAGACUGAAAAUCUUCUUAAACGAGCUCAUCAGCUGUAUAAAAUCGCUGAGGAAGGUAUCCAUGAAUAUAAUCACCCCACGAGAGUUAUUGGAUCUCAAGGUAUGCCUGUCCCAUUUACUUUGAAUCUUCCUGCCUGCCCGCGGGAUCCUUUGUUGACUCAUUCUUCGUAACAGGUCAUACGUCAACUAUUGAUUAUAUCUACUCUUCGAUCGCCUCACUUGGCGACUACUAUGAUAUCUCCAACCAAACAUUCCCGGCGGUAAUGGGCAAUGUUUUUGAGUAUCGACUAGUACUUGGUGAUGUCGUCCCUGAGACUGCUAUUCCCAUGAGUCUCACUCCUCCAACAUAUAAAAAAGAUGCCGUUCUUGGGCCGUUAGUCCUGGUUGAAAAUGACGGCUGUAAGAUUGAGGAUUAUCCCGCGGAUGUGAAAGGAUCUAUAGCUUUGAUUCGACGUGGGAAUUGUGGAUUUGGCGAUAAGUCUGCAAAUGCCGGAAAAUCAGGUGCUAUUGCUGCAGUCAUCUAUAACAAUGCUCAUGGAGCCCUUGGAGGUACCUUGGGAGCUCCAGACAAAAAUCAUGUUGCUACUUUUGGGAUUUCGGGUGACGAAGCAGCUCCACACAUUAAGAAAUUACAAAAUGGCAAGCAUGUCGAUGGAUCCGCAUAUAUUGAUGCAGUGGUUCAGGCUAUUGAGACCACAAAUAUAGUUGCUCAGACGAAAGGAGGGGACCAAUCCAACUGCGUAAUGUUAGGAGGACAUUCGGACAGUGUCGCGGAAGGACCAGGCAUUAACGAUGAUGGAUCUGGUAGCUUGUCUCUGCUUGAGGUGGCCACUCAAUUGGUCAAUUAUGAAGUCAAUAAUUGCGUUCGGUUCGCUUGGUGGGCGGGUGAAGAGGAGGGACUUCUCGGCUCAGAUUACUACGUCUCCCAACUUUCCGACGAGGAGAACUUGAAGAUUAGAUUGUUCAUGGACUACGAUAUGAUGGCAUCUCCAAAUUAUGCCUAUCAAGUGUACAAUGCCACUGAUGCUACUAAUCCAUCGGGUUCCGAGGCCUUGAGAAAUUUGUACACAGAGUGGUAUGAAGCCCAUGAUCUUAACUACACAUAUAUUCCCUUUGAUGGUCGAAGCGACUACGAUGCCUUCAUCAAGAAUGGCAUUCCAGGUGGUGGCAUUGCGACCGGUGCUGAAGGCGUGAAGACUGCUGAGGAAGCUGAAAUGUUUGGCGGCAAGGCCGGGGAUUGGUUUGACCCUUGUUACCACCAACUUUGUGAUGACAUUGAAAAUCUUGCUCUUGAUGCUUGGUUAAUCAACACUCAGCUCAUCGCUCAUUCGGUCGCUACUUAUGCCAUUUCCUUUGAUGGAUUUCCCAAAAGAACUUUGGAAAGCAUUAGUGCUGCUAAGACAAGUGCGAAGGAAGAGACUAAAUAUCAUGGUCCGGAGUUAGUCAUGUGAUUAAUGUUUUUCUAUACUUUUGCAAGGGAUAUAAGGGUUUUGGGGGUUCUAGAUUUUGGAUUCUAGAUUUGUGUAAUUUUUAGUAUAUCUAAUAUCCUUCAGGGGCACGUCGAAUUUCAUUUUUAUUAAAUGCUUGAAGGAAACCAAGGGUUCGAAUUCAUUUAAGUGAGUGGUAGAUAAUCUGGCAGAUGAAGACCUUUUUGGAUGAUGAAAUUCAAAUAAAUUAAUGACAUUCUGGAUAAUG